UCAUCAGUAGAAACGUCAGCCGUGUUCGAGCCUGCAGACCGUUAUCAGAUCCACCAAAUCCGUUUAAUCCUCAAAUCGGGACUUUUAUUUUAGAUACGGCGCUUUGCACUUGCUCGAGUAGAGAGUCGCUCCCGUUCGAUUACGUUCAUUAACGAAAGGGCCAGAAUCUCGAUUUUUUUUUCCGGACCCGCCCGAGCCUCCAACCUCCAUUUCGAGUUUAGCAGGGCGCCAGUCACCAGGCCGCGAUCCACCUUCACAACCAUGGGGCUCUCCAUUUCCAGCUUAUUCACUCGAUUAUUCGGAAAGAAGCAGAUGCGGAUCCUGAUGGUGGGACUUGAUGCUGCUGGGAAAACUACAAUCCUGUACAAGCUAAAGCUGGGUGAGGUUGUCACCACCAUUCCUACUAUUGGUUUUAAUGUGGAAACUGUUGAAUACAAGAACAUCUGUUUCACUGUGUGGGAUGUUGGAGGUCAGGAUAAAAUUCGCCCUCUAUGGAGACACUACUUCCAAAACACACAGGGCCUGAUUUUUGUUGUGGACAGCAAUGACCGAGAAAGAGUCCAGGAAUCAUUUGAAGAACUACAUAAAAUGCUGCAAGAGGACGAGCUGAGGGACGCAGUGUUGCUGGUAUUUGCAAACAAGCAGGAUCUGCCAAAUGCCAUGGGUGUAGGAGAGCUUUCUGAAAAGCUGGGAUUACAACACAUGAGCCAGAGAACUUGGCACAUACAGGCUACAUGUGCUACCCAGGGUAAUGGCCUAUAUGAAGGACUGGACUGGUUGUCCACAGAGCUCUCCAAACUGUAGGAGAAGAAUAACAUCCAUGUUCUCGCCUGCAUUGGUGUGACAACUGCUAGGACUUGAACUCAAAGACUUUAAACAGCUUAUUUUCCCUUUCUUCCAUUCUGUAUACCCUUAUUUUCAUUUCAUCUCCUUCUGUUUGCCAGCUCUUUAUAAUGCAUGUUUUUUUUUAAUUUAUCCAAGGUUGGACAGGGAUUAUCCUUUCAUUCAAACAAUGCAUGGAUAUUCCUUGCAGGACCAGUUUGAGGAAUAACAGCAUAAGUUGCCUCUUAGUUGCAAAUUAGAACUUUUUUUGUGAUUAAGAGAACUUUGCAACCUGCUUUCAACUGCAAUAGUUUCCCACUGCAGUUCUAAAUACAUACCCAAGUAACUGGAUGAGCCACAUCAACAGUAUCCCACAGAGCUUGUUAAAUCUGAUUUUGGACCAUAGAGUAUUUUAAAUGGUUGCUUGAUGCACAAUAAUGACCCCCCCCCCCUUCAGAGUUCCACAAUCAAUGUUUUUAAUAAGCGGAUUCCAGCAAAAGAAGAGGUUUUGCAUUUGUUUGCUUUUUGGCUGCAGGUGCCGUAAAUGAGCAUGGCUGUAUUGUUUCAGAUUUAGACAAAGUGGACACAUGAAGCCUUGUUCAGUCACCAGCUAAACUGUAGCUUGUAGACUGAGUUUUUAAAUCUUCAUUUUGUGAAGAGUACCAGUUAUAAGAUAAACAGAUUCGUGAGCAAUCUUAGCUUAACUGCAGCAAUCAGGUGUUGACUGGAUAAACCAACUUUCUUUUCAUUCACUGAUCCUUGCCCUGUGUGAAAGAGCCUUUUAUCUUUGUGUCAAGUUGCCCUUUAUUUUGAUGGAUGGUCAUGUCUCCCCUCCCAGCAUAUUCCUCUAAAAUGGGAUGAUAAUGUUGGCAUUUUCUUCAGUGUAACAUCAGGUGACCAGUGAGAGUUGUGGGCCAACCUAAAUCUUGCUAGGAAAUACUUUAUGAAUGGAGGUACAUCACUUAAAACUACAACAAUUUGUAUAUUUUACUUGAUGGCUGUGCAUUUUUCACCAACUUAAGAAUAAACCAUCAGGUUACAAAGGGCACUGGUUUGCUGUUUUAAUGGCUUGUGAGUAAAUCAUACUUUCCACUGUAGUAUAGGGCAAACUUGGUUAAUAAUUGUGCCUCUUUGUGUGUAUAUAUGUGGUUUAAAGAUACAGCCAAAUCUUAAAUUGUAUGCAUGGGCAUUUACCUCAUUCUGCCAUGGUAUGUAUUUGUGCUUAUGUAAAAAAUUAUGGGAAGCCCUUUAAAAUUUCCCUUGUGUUAAUGUAAUGUUCUUUUUGGUUAUGUAAACACUUAGAGCUUUAGCUGCUGUAAACACAUCUGCAAAUUUUUUUUGCGUUCCCUGUGGAAACUGUGAUCCUGAUAACUGGCAUUAAUCUAAACAGUAAAUCAGUGAGCUGAGACAAACCAUUCUGAAAUUGCUGAGGCAGAGUACCUUUCCUGAAACUGACUUAAUCUUAAUAAAGGCCUUUUCAGAAACAUUCCCUAAUAUUUUGUGCAUGAAUUGUGCUUUCAGCUUCAUCUUUUAUGUUUAAAAAUGGGACCAGUGGAUGCCAAUGUGUCCAUCUGACAUGGUGGGCAAGGGUUGGAAUUUGAUGCUCUGGAAAAUAGCUUCCUCGGUGUUUGGGAGUGGUAGGAGUAUCCUACCAGUUCUGGGAAAUGAGGUGUGGAACAAAAUGCGGUCAUGGUGAAUAUUGGGUUUUGUAGUUGGGCAAACCUUUUGGUGGGGGGAGGGGUAAAUGACAAACCAUUUACUUAAAUAUUUGGCCUAGGAAAUGCAGUGUAAACUAGAUUGUUUAGAACAAAGCUUUUUUUCCCCUCCGCCCGGGCUAUGGAUUCAGGAUCUUUUUGGUGAGCAGGAGCCAGCAUGAAUGAAUUAUAGUAUCCCGAGACUCUUGUGCCAUUUGUGAGAUCAUGUCUCCAUUAUCCUUUAACAUCUGUGUGCAGAAAUGAUCAAAACUUCAUUCUUCUCUUUGGAUGCAAUACUGUUAACCUAACAACAUUUGAGGGUUCUAAUGAGCAAUUGUAGACCUGAGAGAUUCUCUAUUUCCAUUUAGACACACUGAUUUCGAGUAUUUUUGGAAUUUUCAAUAAUCUUAGAUUUACAAGAUGUGCUGUUUCCUUUUAUUGCAUUUCAAUCACUCCUGUAAGCCCUGGCUUUAAUUCUUAAGUAUAUGAUCCUUAGACUUAGAGCAAUGGAAAUGGUCUUUACUGUCAACUUUAAAUAUCACAUUGUUACUUUCUUAAUUCUAAAUUAUGGUCAUUGUACAAUCUUUCUUUGUAAUCCAGCAUAUUUAAAAAUCAAGUCCCAGAGUCAUUCUGGUAAAAUUGCAAAUUGUCCAAAAUUGCUCCUGGUAUUCCCACAAUGAUCAAACCAGUUUUGUUGGUGUUCUGUAACUAUAAUGCCUUGCUUUGUAGUCAUUUAGAAAUAAAGGGCAGCAUUUUAUUAGCUCUUAUUUUUUGUACAUUUAUAACAUGCAUGUUGAUCUAUAAAAUACCUUUAGUCAUCCACUACCUAGACUUUAGAAUGGGAUAUUUGUUAAGUCAUACUUUUUGGGAUAAAUUUUGUUUACAUUGAGUGGCAUUUGUUAGUUUGCUAUUAAAUUUGUACUUGAUGCUUCCAUUUACAAUGCCUCCUAUUCCUGUCAUCAUCAAAUUUGGGUGUGUUUUAUUUCAUAAGCAAGCAUCUUUUACUCUAAGAUUAUUUACUUUGUUGAGAAAAAGCUUUGUUGCUUUUGAAUUUCAUUGAAUUUAGUAGAUCUCCUUAAAUAAGUUAUGAAAAAUUGCUAAUCCACUACUUUUGGCACCUCGGGCAUGAGUGACCCAAUUUUGUGACAACAGUCAAGUCUGGUUACAUAGCACACAGACUGGGUGUAGCUUCUUAUAUUGAAGAGAUGGCAUGCAAUUCAACACCAACACCAUUAAACCAGGGUGGGUCAACUGUUGUCUUGGUGCAUUGAUGCAAACUAAGAUGGAAUAUAAAUAUUAACAGCAUUGUGUUAACAUAUGGAUGCUUCCUAUGGGUGCAAUGGCAUUGAAAAGCAAACCUUGGGAUGAAAUAGAAUGUUUAAAAUGAGGAUGAGGUUACAGGAAAGUGGGAUUAACCCAAGAACCAGCAUAGACUGAUGCUGAAAAGGAAAUUGUACUAAAAUAUUAAAACAUGGGUUUGUUUGGCAAGAUCUACAAGAUAAAAGGAAUUGCAGUAACUCAUUCAGAUGGUGCAAAAUCUCCCUAUUUUCAACCUAAGCUGGAUCAAAACUUUAGAAUUGGACAGGUUAAUAAAACUCAUAUUGAUUGAAGAUCAAAUCCCAGGAAGUGUUUGAGUCUACCACGUUAGGUAAGUGAGGGAACAAUAGAUAUGAUUUAAAUACAAUAGCCGAACAUGAUGGGACUUGGUCAAAGGCCUCAGUGACAAGAUCUAAUGAGGGAUGGUCCAAAAUUUGCUUGGUAAUAGGCUGAAUAUGUUGAAGGGUUGUUUGAUUAUACAAAUAAGAUGUAAUUAAGUUCGUAGAUGACUCAAAUCAUUGUUAUUGAUAGAUUUAGGUCACAAGAUGAUACACAAGUUGCUAAGAUGGGCAGAAUAAUGUAUAUUUUUACCAACUGAACUACAGCAAUCUUCUGUACAUACACACUCACACAUGCUUUUGUUUGAGAAAAGAUCCAAACCUAAUAUUUUAAUAUAUUUUAUUAAAUUUGUUUUUCCCUUUUUCUAAGCACAAUACAGGACUCAGUAUGGAGACCACAAUGUACAGACUAAUAGAAAUCCCAAACUCUACAUGGUUAAUGUAUUUUACAAUAUGGACUUGCCCAUCUUUAUACAGGAAAUGUAAAUUGAGAAUAUGUACAAAUUAUCUUCAUAUUUCAAAUAAAAGUAUUUUCAAAGUUACAAGUUUAGGUCAAGAGUAGAAUUAUUUUAAAUUUGGGAAGGGAGAGAAAAACAUCACUUCUUAAACUAAACAUAGCCUGAACAGGAUUUUAGAAAUCCAAAAAUUAAUGGCUCAAUCUGCCAAAAUGUUCACAUGAAGUGCUAGAUAAGAUGCCACUUCAUCUAUCCUGAAAUCAUACUCAGCACUGCAAUCUUGUAAGUGGGACACCAACUAGACAAUUUACUUAUUUCUGCCAAAGACCACUUGCUGUCUGUAUUUCUUAUUGUUCUAGCAAAAUCAAAAGACUAUAGAAUCUGAUGGAUCACAUGAUUGUGAGGCCACCACAGGCCUCUCUGAAUUACAUGAACUGUAACUGCAGAACCUCUAAAGUAGCGAACUUUCUACUAUGGGAGCCCUAAGGAGUGCUGAUGCUCCUUUAGAGAGAGUUAAAAGGGGAUCGAGUUCUUUUCCAUCCUCUAGACUUAUCAAGGUUCACAAAUCACUUACAUGGGGUGAUGUAGAAUGCAGCAAAAGCUGUGGAAAUGGAGUAGGCUAACUACCAAUGCACUUCUCAGACAGCUAGGAAUUAAAUAAUGCCCAGAUUCUUCUCAGUCUCAUGUAUGGAUUUCAAUCAUGUUUCUUUGCCCUAAAAUCAGCUAGGCAUAGCCCACAGCAAAAAUAAAAUGCAUUCCCAAUAACCCAGAAAGAUCCAAACAGCUGAUAGUUGGAAUAAGAAUGAGCUUUUAUACAGCAGAUGGAAAUAAAUGCUCACAACUCAUGCCUACCCCACUGGAGUAUUUGUUGGCAUGAGAAAAUGGGGAGAUUCCCAUCUAUGCUGUCUGCUCUGGCCUUGUUCAGCUAGAUGACGUAAUGGGAGCUCUGCUGAAAAGUACUAAUUUAGUGCUGGGCCUAUUUGCAGUGUCUGAUGGGACAGUGUAGAGGAAGUUAUACUGUGCCUAGCCUGUAUUGCAAAUUGCUGAAAAUUUUAACAAAAUUGACGCAAGUUUUAUUCUGCACCUGAACCAUGUCUGGUGAAUUUAGAACAUGCUAAACUGGUGUCGCUGAGUUGAAAGAAAUGGGGAGCAAAAUAUACAUUCAAAUGUUUCUAAAAGAAAUUUCAAAUUGGGGCAAACUAUAAACCACAGACAGAAACUUAUGCUGUCAUGCUUUUGUUAGUAAUCCAUAGCGCGGCCCUUCCCCCCCCCCCCAAUCAACAGUAAGCCCCUGUACCAAUUGGCAGCAAAUUGGAUAACUGAUAGGGGCAAUAACACCACCCUGAUUUUGGUCAGUUUCUAUAACUCACAUUGAAGGAAGAGAUUCAAUUCCUGCUGAAUUCUAGUCAAAAUGAAAAACGGAAAUGCUGGAAAUGUACUAGUUCUAAAACUACUAGAAAAAUGAAACAAAUGUAUGGACCAUUCACUGGACAGGGCUGUGGACAUUUCCAGCACAUUCUGCUUUUAUUCAUAGCAUAGUACAAAGAACAAUCAAACAGUAUUGCAAAAAGAUAAAGCCUCAAUGAGGCAGCCUCGUGAGGAGGAUGAUAAUGAGGCACACGAACUAUGAACGAAAGGUCACUUUCACUCAUUCCAGGAUCCUUCUCUAACUUAUAAUAUUAAUGAAUUAAACUUUAAUUUGGAUGUUAAUACAUCAUUCUUUCAAACUUCAGUAUACCACUCAACACUUCGUGACACUGGGAAGAUUAGGUGUUAAACUUAGUGCAGAAUAUUUGGCUUGGGAACUUCUAUUUCUAAGUGGCUGAAAAAAAAAUCAACUGUUUUAAGGACAGCAUUUUUCUUCAACAAAGCCACCACAAACAGUUUGCACUUCCCAGGAUUCCAGGGAGACUAGUGAAGUCUAUCAUGACACUACAACCUUUAACAGUGUUAGAAGUUAACUGGAAUCAAGUACCAAUGAUAAGAUCUAUUGCGAUCUGACAGCAAAGAACUACAAGCAACAAUUACUGAAUUUAAGACAUUGUGAAAUACAGUGAGAUCACACAAGCCUAAAGCUGCAAAAUGUACAGAAACUGCUCACAACAGUUAGAGUACACAAUUUGGACAGAGUGAGAAAGAAUGCGUUGAGAGAUAGAUUUUAGUAUCAGUAUUCAAAACUUGGCGAUCACAAUAUUAACACUAAAUAGGAAAACAGUUUAAAUAUAUUUGAAGACAGACUGAGAAAUCAAUACUCCAAAUGCUAUGGAUCAAGGGCCCAUCAGUUUUUCUCAAUUCAUCCAAAAGUUUGUUUUUUUCUAUUUUGGAUAGAUUUGCUGAGAACUAUCAAUUGGAUGGCAAAGACUCUAUCUGCUGUGGUCUAGAGUGGUGAAGAUCACUAAGAGGCGGCACUGUGUACACUGAACCCAAUAGUACUGUUGCUUCCUGAUGCAGAACAGGCAUGCUUUUGAAGUCCUUAUUGCAGUGGGUUGGCAAAACACAAUAUUGAGCCAUUUAUCAAUGUACAGCUGGGCUCAAUGUCUUUGCUUUCUUCGAGGAAACAACACUGGAAAAGAUGCACGUGUGGAUACACAAACUAUCAUCCAACCUGUACACUGAUAAUUACAGGAAGCUGUUGCAUAAAUAGAACACGGAUUAAACUAUGUACAGCUGUACAUCACUAACAAUAGAAUAAAAGCUACAACACUGCUAAAAUAAUCUCACAGCUGUGAUGUUUCUGUGCAGCCACUCUGAAGAAGUGGAAGCCCCCUCAUCUUUCCACUUUCACUUGCCCUUUGCCUGUUGAUACUCAAUGGAAUCAGUACUGCUCAGUAUGAUGUAAUGGAAGGGAACACCAGGCAUAUCGGGAAGAAGAGAGAGAACUCAAUCUGGGGAAAGGAGUUGGUCAAACCAGCUUCACUGCACUCAACCUUUCACAGCUGUAUCUGUAAACAUUCUGAGCGUAUAUCACCUGUCAAGCCCUACCCUUUGCAUAAGUUAAUGUAGAACCAAUCACACAAACAUUAUUUCUCAUUGUCCUACUGCUGUCCUUGCAAUUUGAA